AGGAAGAAACCACGACGGAGUCCGUUAGUGUGAAAGUAGAGUAGGCAUGUUGUCAGUCUUCCCGGCAGCGACGACGGGGACGAUGAAAGCGGCGCGGUCGGUGACAUCGCAACCGCGUCAACGAUGUUGGAGUCGUCCGCUGCUGAUCUUGAUUCUGACGUUGUCGGUGUCAUCUCACUUGCCGACGGCGCGCUCGGUGCCGACCGACAUUAUACAAAAAUUCCACGAUCCGGAGGUAGAGCGCAUGAAUCACCUGGUGGUGGACAAAAACACCGGUCGGGUGUACGUAGGCGCGGUGAAUCGGCUCUAUCAGCUGUCGCCGGACUUGGUGUUUGAAGAGAAAGCCAUCACCGGACCGCAAGGCGAUUCCACGGCGUGCUCGAUGUUAGAUUGUCCCCGCGAGGCACAAAAACGAUUGAUCGACAACGUGAACAAGGCAUUGGUGAUAGAUUACACAACUACGCGGCUCAUCUCAUGCGGUAGCCUGUUCCAGGGUAUGUGCACAGUACGUAAUCUGCACAACAUAUCCAAUGUGGUACAAGAGGUGAGAGAAGCGGUCGUGGCAAACAACGCUACUGCAUCGACUGUCGCGUUUAUUGCACCCGGCCCGCCGAAUCCGCCGGUCUCUCAGGUCAUGUAUGUCGGCGUGACCUUUACCGGUAAUUCGCCCUAUCGCUCGGAAGUUCCGGCGGUGAGCUCGCGUUCCCUCGACAAGGACAAGAUGCUGAAUAUCGCCGAGGCGGCUGUCACUACCGGCACCCGGAUGUACGUGAACUCUUUGUCGCGCGAACGUUAUCCGAUUAAUUACAUCUACGGCUUCAGCAGCGGGGGUUUUAGUUAUUUUCUCACGACGCAAAUGAAGAACACGGAAACGCCGAUUUAUCUGUCAAAACUGGUGCGCGUGUGCCAUGACGACGAGCAUUAUUAUUCGUACACCGAGAUACCGAUCAAUUGCACCAGCGACGAGCGCAACUACAACCUCGUGCAAGCCGGCUACGUCGGCAAAGCUGGUUCGGUGCUCGCCGGUGACUUGGGCAUCACUGCCCAGGAUGACGUGCUUUUCGCCGUGUUCUCCGAGAGCGACGGGCCCAACAGCGACGUGCCGCAACCUCACUCGGCUCUGUGUGUCUACUCGCUUAAGGCGAUUCGCCGCAAAUUCAUGAGCAAUAUACAGAGAUGCUUCAGCGGCGAGGGACAGCGAGGGCUGGAGUUCAUCUCGCCGAGCCACAAAUGCAUAUCAACGAAGCUGCAAACAAUCGGGGAGGAUUUCUGCGGUCUCGACGUGAACACGCCUUUGGGCGGCGAAGAACCGAUGGGCGCGGUCGCAGUUCUAACGUUCGAGACUCAUCUGACGGCCGUGGCGGCCACUUCAACCGGCGACUACACCGUUGUUUUCGUGGGCACUUACAAGGGGCAUCUCAAAAAGGUGGUGGUGGAGAGUUCAACGUUGGCGUUGGAAUACGGCGAUCUCGCGAUCGAUCCCGGUUCCCCGGUGAAUCCGGAUCUGCUGUUCGAUUCUCAACUGAUGCACCUCUACGUACUAACGGAGAAGAAAGUGUCAAAGGUCAAAGUGCAAGAGUGUUCUGUUUAUAAGACUUGUUGGGACUGUCUUGGUGCCAAGGAUCCGUAUUGCGGUUGGUGUUCGCUCGAAAACAAGUGCAAUCUGCGCAGCGAUUGCCAGGACGCGGCCAAGGACCCGCUUUACUGGAUCUCGUACAAGAGCGGAAGAUGCACGACCAUCACCACCGUCACGCCGGAUCAACUGCAACGCACCACCGCCAGGACUCUCGAGCUCGUGAUCGAAAAUUUGCCGACUUUAACCGGGCAAUUUCUGUGCGCGUUUUCCGCUCUCGAUAAGACCCUGAUCACAAACGCCUCGCGUAAGUCUUACGGCGUGAACUGCACCACUCCGAGAACGGAUUUGCUGCCGUCGAUACCGCCGGGUCGCCAUCACUUCACAGCCAAACUGUCCGUCAGAAUGACAAACGGACCCGAUCUGGUGGCGACGAACUUCACGUUCUUCGACUGCAACACGUACAGCUCGUGCACGCAAUGCGUGUCGUCGAGUUUCCCGUGCGACUGGUGCGUGGACGGUCACCGAUGUACGCACGACACGGCGGAGAACUGUCGGAACGACAUCCUCGUCACAGGAGUUAGCAGAAUGGGACCAAGUUACAGGAGUGGGCCAGGUUUUUGUCCCACUAUUAACGCUACCGAAUCUCAGGAGAUCCUUGUAGCUGCCGGGAUCAAAAAAGCGAUACGAGUUAAAGUGCAUAUCAUUGGGCAAUUCAUCAUACAAACACGCUUCGUGUGUCAAUUCAACAUUGAGGGUCGUGUGACGAGUGUCAACGCACGACUGUUGGCCGACACGAUCUAUUGCGAGGAGACGGAGUUCUCUUACACAUCCCGCGCACCGAAUAUCACGGUGCCCUUUGCCGUGAUAUGGGGCGGUUCGAAACCGUUGGAUAAUCCGGACAAUAUACAUCUCGUGAUAUACCGAUGUCGCGACAUGGCGGACAACUGCGGCAUGUGCCUGGCUCUGCCGACGAAAUACGGUUGCGGUUGGUGCCAGAGCGCGGACAGAUGCGAAGUAAAAGACCAAUGCGAUCGUGGCAUGAACAGCCACACGUGGCUGAACAGCAACAUGACCUGCCCGAAUCCUGAGAUAAAAUCGUUCGAACCGGUAAUGGGUCCCUGGGAAGGGAACACGAACGUGACGAUACGCGGCAUCAAUCUUGGCAAAACCUUCAAUGACAUAGCCAGUGGUGUUACCGUGGCUGGUAUGCGAUGUCUGCCUUACGAAGAGCUUUACAUACGAACGAAGCAGAUCGUUUGCCGGGUCGACGGACCCGGUACACCACAGGGCAGAAACGGACCCGUCAUCGUCAAGAUCGAGGACUUCCGCGGUGAAUCCACGUACAACUUCGAGUUCGUGGAUCCGAAAAUUAUAUCAAUAUCACCCAAGUACGGUCCUCUGAGCGGUGGCACUACUAUCAAGAUCACUGGCUACUAUAUGAACGCUGGCAGUACCAUCACCGCUUACAUCGACGAACUGCCCUGUUCGAUAAUAAGUGCCGAACCGAACGAAGCUCUUUGCAUGACGAGUCCGGGUACUCACAAGAACAAGACGGAGAAAGGCGAGUUGAAGAUGUUUUUCGACGGUGCCAAGCGCGUGUACAACGGACGGUUCGAGUACGUCGACGAUCCGACGAUCGAGAGUGUGGAGAGCGGCGUGGCUGGUCAGAUGAAGGUGCCGAAGGGCAUUCCGGCGGGCGGAAUAAAGAUCUCGGUGACGGGAAAAAAUCUCGGCUACAUACAGAACCCCCAAAUGUAUGUUUAUUACGACGAGAAGAUGUUCGUGUCGCAGUGCGAAGUGCACAGUCAGGAGAGUAUGAUGUGCAAGUCGCCAACGAUUGAAGUGCCCGAGCACGUAGUGCUGGACGCCGAACGUCCGCUCUCACUCGAAUACGGCUUCCGCAUGGACAACGUUACCGGCGUGCAAAAUCUCUCGCAGCACGGUUUCAAUCAUUUUCUUCUUUAUCCAAAUCCGAUCUACGAGGUUUUUGACGAGGAAGUAAAAUAUUACAAGAGCGACUAUCUUACAAUCAACGGUCAACAUUUGGAUCGCGCUUGUCAAGAGUCUGACGUUGUCGUGCAAAUUGGCAAUGCUUUUUGCAACGUUACGUCUUUAUCGCGACAGCAACUCACUUGCCGGCCACCCUUGACGCAACCACCGGCUAUCGAUGCCCAGGGUCUACCAAAUAAGCAAGAAUUGCCGGAGGUGGUAUUGAUAGUUGGCGGCACGCUUCGUUACAAUAUCGGCAAGCUCAGUUACGCAUUGCCGGCAGGACUCAACGGACCAUUGUCUAAACCUGCACUUAUUGGGGUGAUCGCUGCCAUCGUGAUUUUGGUAUUCGUGUUCAUAGCGUUUCUGAUCGCUUAUCGCAGAAAAUCUACCGAGAGCAAUCGAGUGUUGAAAAAUAUGCAGGAACAAAUGGACAUUCUGGAACUACGAGUCGCGGCCGAGUGUAAAGAAGCCUUUGCUGAAUUGCAGACUGAAAUGACCGAUUUGACGGGAGAUUUGACUAGUGGUGGCAUACCUUUCCUCGAUUAUCGCACUUACGCGAUGAUGAUCCUGUUUCCCAGUGACGACAACACCCCGGUAUUGCCGGGUGACAGGCCGGAAUUGGUGCGAAAGGAAAAAGGCUUACGACUUUUCGGUCAAUUGAUCAUGAACAAGACCUUCUUGUUGCUGUUCGUACGAACGCUUGAGAGUAAUCGUUAUUUCUCAAUGAGAGAUCGAGUUAAUGUUGCCAGUUUGAUCAUGGUUACGCUCCAGAGCAAAAUGGAAUAUUGCACGGAUAUCUUGAAAACUCUGCUCGCGGAUCUCAUUGAAAAAUGUACGGAGGGCAAAAGUCACCCGAAAUUAUUCUUAAGACGAACCGAAAGCGUCGCUGAGAAAAUGCUAUCUGCAUGGUUCACAUUUCUCUUGUACAAAUUCAUGAGAGAAUGCGCUGGUGAGCCAUUGUACGUACUAUUUCGCGCAGUGAAACAGCAAGUCGAUAAAGGUCCUGUCGAUGCGAUUACCUCGGAAGCAAGGUAUUCCUUAUCCGAAGAAAAAUUGAUUAGACAAUCAAUCGAUUUCAAACCAAUGACGGUCUACGUCUCGAUAUCUCAACAAACUGUGUUUGUUGGCGGAAUGGAUCCUAACACGGAAAAUGUGCCGGUCAAAGUUCUCGACUGUGAUACGAUAUCUCAGGUAAAGGAGAAAGCAUUGGAUACCAUCUACCGAGCGACUCCUUACAGCCAAAGACCACGAAAAGAGGAUCUUGAUCUGGAGUGGCGAACUGGCGCAUCUGGUAGAUUAAUUCUCUACGACGAAGACUCCACAACGAAGACAGAGGGUGAAUGGAAGAAGAGGAACACUUUGAAUCACUACAGGGUACCGGAUGGAGCGUCGCUCAAUUUAGUUUCAAAACAAUCAUCUAUAUAUAAUUUAUCGAUUCUGUCCGAAAAGACGGACAAGUCGCACAAAUAUGAAACGUUGAAUCUCAGCAAGUUUAGUUCAGCCAGUCCUCCUCUUUCUCGCGCCACCUCGCCUCUCAAUCAAAAUCUCGAGGGUGGAAUGAAGGUUUGGCAUCUUGUCAAACAUCACGAUUCUGACGCGCGAAAGGAAGGUGACCGAGGUAACAAGAUGGUCUCGGAAAUCUAUUUGACGAGGUUACUGGCGACGAAGGGUACGCUUCAGAAAUUCGUUGACGAUCUAUUUGAAACUAUAUUCAGCACUGCCCAUCGAGGCUCGGCACUUCCUCUCGCCAUCAAGUACAUGUUCGACUUUAUGGACGACCAAGCUCUGCAGCACGGCAUAUCCGACCCUGAAGUGGUCCACACGUGGAAGAGCAAUUCCCUUCCUCUCAGGUUUUGGGUUAACCUCAUAAAAAAUCCGAAUUUUAUUUUCGACAUACACAAAUCCAAUAUCGUAGAUUCGUGUCUGUCCGUUGUCGCACAGACGUUUAUGGACAGCUGUUCGACGUCAGACCAUAGAUUAGGUAAGGAUUCUCCGAGUUCAAAACUAUUAUACGCGAAGGACAUUCCAGUGUACAAAGAAUGGGUAGAGCGUUACUACUCAGAUAUCAAAGUUAUGCCAGCCAUAUCCGAUCAAGACAUGAAUGCCAUGCUUGCCGAAGAAUCAAGGUUACACACGUCGGAAUUUAACACAAAUUGUGCGUUAUAUGAACUUUAUACGUAUGCGGGUAAAUACAACGAACAACUGAUAGUCACUCUCGAGGAGGACGAGUUCUCGCAGAAGCAGAGAUUAGCGUAUAAACUCGAGCAAGUACAUAAUAUUAUGGCGGCAGACAACCCCUGAUGUACCAUGAAUUCCAUGAAGCACAUGACAAAACCCGCUCGUCAAGAGUUACCCUGUUGAGCGGUCUCUCGUAUCAACGGCGCGAACGAAGGAGGACUGGCCUACUCUUGUAAUCGAUUGUCUCAGGUUCCGUGCAAAAGCCAGUUUUCUCAGCUUAAUGCAAAUUGCGAGUGAACUUGGGCAAACCCCGAACAAGUUAACAUGCAAAUUAAUUAAAGGACUAAGUGUUAAAAUUAUGUGUUGAGUUUAAUUAAUUAUUGUGCAAGUCUUCUCAGUGGG